CGUCCAAAAACGUCGCUCGGGAAAGAAAUCGGCGUGGGGCGAAAUCGCUCUCAGAACUCCCGCCUAAUCUUCCGUCUCCUCUCUUCAGGAGUCGCUGGCCUCACUUUUGUAGCCCUAAGGAGAGUGCGAAAUCUUCUGGUCUUUCCUCCGGGGCGAGUGGAAGGUUGCCAUGGUGGUUCUCGGGUUUCCGCCAAACAGCGACCAUGUACCUUGGCUUUCAUAGGGCAGUGCUGGAAUACCUUUUUUAUGAAAGUCAAGCUACAUGAUCGCUGUAUGACGGAAGCCAGAGAACCGCCUGCAAUUUCUGUUGUCAAAAAGUAACCAUGGAUCAAGAACGGGCCGCCAAUGUCGCUGAUGAGGAUGAAGAAGUUGUUCAGGAAGAGGGAGGAGGCUCUCUUCAUUCUGAAGUUGAGAAUUUUUGC